AUGUCAGGGGUACAACUCGAUGCUGAAAUCAACGGUUUGUUUAAUGAUAUGAGGUUGAGAAGCACACACAAGUUUGCAUUCUUUAAAAUUGAAGGAAAGAAGAAAAUUGUUGUUGACGUGUGUGGUGAUCCAUGCAAAACAGAGGCAAAAGAAGAAGAUGAGGCACAGUUUAAUAACAUGAAGGAGCAACUCAGCAAAGAACCACGAUAUAUUUUGUAUGAUUUUGGAUUUAUGAAGAAGGAUGGCAGGAAAGUUAAUAAGUUGGCAUUCAUCUUUUGGUGAGUGAGGUUGUCUCUGCAUUUUUAAUCAGUGACCGGGCAUAAAAUCUUCCUUUAGCCUCACGACAUUUUAGGCUGGAUUUUACUUGCUAAACAGAGUCAGAGUUGUAAGAACAUUUUAUUUUCAAAAUAAGUUAUUAACCUAGCGAAAAUCAAAACUCUGAAUCGUAAGCGGAGUUAUAAGUGCAACAGAAUNGUUUGAGAGUACAUUUCAAAUAAGCAAUUUUACAAGCCUGACCAGUUUUUGACUUAAUAGCAGUUUUAAUAACUUAAUAAGGUUUUUUAGAUUAUUAAUUUUAUUCUUUAUGUUCUCUUGAUACAGUCUAUGUCAGGGGUACAACUCGAUGCUGAAAUCAACGGUUUGUUUAAUGAUAUGAGGUUGAGAAGCACACACAAGUUUGCAUUCUUUAAAAUUGAAGGAAAGAAGAAAAUUGUUGUUGACGUGUGUGGUGAUCCAUGCAAAACAGAGGCAAAAGAAGAAGAUGAGGCACAGUUUAAUAACAUGAAGGAGCAACUCAGCAAAGAACCACGAUAUAUUUUGUAUGAUUUUGGAUUUAUGAAGAAGGAUGGCAGGAAAGUUAAUAAGUUGGCAUUCAUCUUUUGGUGAGUGAGGUUGUCUCUGCAUUUUUAAUCAGUGACCGGGCAUAAAAUCUUCCUUUAGCCUCACGACAUUUUAGGCUGGAUUUUACUUGCUAAACAGAGUCAGAGUUGUAAGAACAUUUUAUUUUCAAAAUAAGUUAUUAACCUAGCGAAAAUCAAAACUCUGAAUCGUAAGCGGAGUUAUAAGUGCAACAGAAUACUUCGUCGUUCGCUGUCGUUCGCUUCGCCAGCGUUCCUCGUGCCUUCGGCGCUCACGCAGUCGACUUAUGGGAAUUCCACAGAAUUGGUUGUCUGCGUGGCAGAAAGGCGCGCGAGGAGGAGUGUAAGGAACGCCUGUAAGGACGCUAUGGUCUUUUCCAUUUUCACAUCUACCAGAGAGAUGUAAAAAUAAUGAAUACCUUAACUAACAGUAACAGAUGGUUAGACGUUUACAGUUGCGUCGUUUUUGCAUGCAUACGUAAUAAGUAGGCGGGAUGGUGACGAUAAUGUCGCUCUUGAGGGCGUUCCCCUCCUCCCCACCCCCCUAAAAUUCCCGUGCCCCUCCCCUUUCGAACACCUGACACGUAGGCUGCAGAACUGGAGUCAGAAUAACCAGAACAUUUCUAUUUUAUUCUGACUCUGCUUAUGAAUCCAUCGCUUACGACCUAGUGAAAACUAGAUUGUUGGAGGAAAAAAUACCUGAGAACCCGAAAAAAAAACUUCUCCGUGCAAGGGAGAGAAACAGCGACUAAACCAACCAACAUACGGAGUCGAAGCCGGGAUUUAAACCUGGACCACACUGGUGGGAGGUGAGUGCUCUCACCAUAGUGCCACCCUUGCUCCCUGAAUUGAUGUAUGCAUUCAUCAAGAGAUUAUUAAAUUCAAAAAGGUGUUGGGUACAUUUCUUUACCUUUAGUUUGUAUGAUGGAGUACACCCUUAUUACCCGGUUCUCAUUUCUACUUAGGGACUGUUUAUAUGAGGUGAGCCAGCCUGGCCUGCUUUACCAUGCUGGCUCGGCUCAUGCCUUGUUUCCUUUAAAAUUGUUGUUGUGUUUAUAUGAGAAAGCCGGCUGGCCCCCUUGCUAAGAUCUUCCUCAUCAAGCAACCAUGAUCUCGGCAAACGGGGCAGCCUGCCUUCUCAUACAACACAGUAACAACUUUAUAAGGAAACAAGGCAUGAGCCGAGCCAGCCCGUUUCAUCUCAUUUCCCGUUUUCGCUUUAGGUGUGACGAAAAUGCAAAGAUUGGAGACAAAAUGAUAUACGCAUCUUCGAAAGACACCAUCAAAAAGUCCUUCACUGGUUUAUCACUGGAAUUCCAAGCAAAUGAUGGGGGUGAUUUGGAUUACGCAACUUUAAGAGAGGAAGUGGAACAAAAAGCUUACUAG